AGUAUCUGUUAAUUGUUGCCAGUCAUUAUGAUCGUACACUUUAUUAAUAUUCUUUAGAGAGAGGGAGAGAUAAAAUAAGAGUAUGAUUGAGACAGAGAUGUAGCCGCUAUCAUCAUAUUCAUAUAACAUUAAUAAUGAGUCUUCCUUUUGUCUCUGUGAUUGAGGCGGUGUCUGCUGCUUUAAUUGUGUGAAUUUAAUUAUAAAUGUGAGUGCGUGUGUGUAUCGCAAGUCGAUUGUAUUAUUUGUAGAUUAGGGUGAAGAUGGGUGGAAAAAUGGCGGAUUUAGAGUUUGUGAUAGCAAUGGCAAUCAUAUUUGGUGCAUUGAAUUCAAAUUUGAUUGAAGGAAGAAGUAUGUUGAAGAGCAUGCAUUUGAGCUGGGGCACUCAGCGUUCUGGCUUUCUCCAGCCUGCCGGUAGAGAUGAUGUUACUCUCGUUCUCGACCCUGUCUCAGGUUCUGGAAUCCAAUCGAAGGAUCAAUUUUUGUUUGGAACGGUUGAGAUGCAAAUGAAGCUUGUACCCGGAGACUCUGCUGGCACUGUAACUUCAUUUUAUCUAUCUUCCCUCGGGGCGAAGCACAACGAAAUCGACUUUGAAUUUCUAGGAAACGUAAGUGGGCAACCUUACAUUAUACACACCAACAUUUAUACGCAAGGAGCCGCGGGCAGGGAAGUCCAGUUUUACCCAUGGUUCGACCCCUCCAAAGACUACCACAACUACACCAUUCAUUGGACUCCCUCUCAUGUUGUAUGGUUGGUGGAUAAGAUUCCGAUUAGAGUAUACAAAAACUAUUUAGAGGAUGGAAUCCCAUACCCGGACUUGCAACAGCCGAUGAGGGCCUACUCGAGCAUUUGGAACGCGGAUAGCUGGGCGACGCGGGGUGGCCUCGACAGGAUCAAUUGGAGCAAAGCGCCCUUCAUCGCUAAACUGCGUAAAUUUCGAGCGCGGGCUUGCAGAUUUCAAGGAACCACGAGCGUCGCUCAAUGUAGUGCAGCUGCUGCGCCAAGUACGACCUCCCAACUCACCCUUGAUGCUCAGAACCAAAUGGAGUUGCUUAGAAAUAAAUCUUUGAUCUAUGAUUAUUGCCAAGAUUAUGAUCGAUACAAGGGAUUAUUUCCUGGUGAAUGUUUCAAGCCACAAUAUUAAUUACAUGGGAUGGGAUGAUUCCGUGUAUUUCUUUUUCUUCUUUUUUCUAUUUAUUCUUUUUAGGAUUAGUCGGAAAUUCGUUUCUUGUUGAUUACACUCUUGUGAAUUGUGAUGAGUAGCUAGUGAGUAAUACGUGCAUUGCACUUUGUUAGUA